ACAUGACCACGCCCUGCAUCUCUCUUCCAGCCGUCAUUUUCUUCCCGACAGGACGGUUCAAUCAUCUCCCAGCUGUGAAGGAAAGGGAGAAAACACUGAAGGGUUUUCAGCAUCUUUGACAUAACUCAGCAGACCUACAGUCCAUCAUGAAUCCCACACUCACCAGUAGUCAGCAGAAGACAAUCUGCUUUAGCCUUGGAAGAGUCAAACUGGAGCUGCUGUACAAGGCCAGCAUCCAUGGUUUCUCUGGGAAAGCCUUUCACAAACGAUGUGACAACCAGUGUCCCACAGUUUCUGUGGGCUAUAAUGCCUCAGGCUAUAUUUUUGGAGGCUACACAGAACAACCAUUCAGUCAGUCUGGACAGUACAUGAAUGACAACCAUGCCUUCCUUUUCUCAUUUUUUGGAGAAGAGCUCGUUAAAUAUCCUGUUAAAGCUCCUGAUUAUGCCGUUAAAAUGGUUGGUAAUUCUGGACCAUAUUUUGGAGAAGCAUUGGUCCUUGUCAAUGGAAGCCAACCUGUGGUGUACAGCAGUCCAGGCAACUAUUACAACUUCAACGCUGUAGAGAUGCAUGGCAAUGACCUCAACCUGAUUGAGUGUGAAGUUUACCAAGUCGAGGAAAUAACUGAAAUGGAGAGGCCAUGGAGAACAGUGAUCUGGAAACCGGAGAUAAGAGAAGAGCUGAUGAGCAAGAUAAGGACCUAUGAACCAUUAAUCCCCUCAGUGACCACUGUUCGUGUGCUCCUCAUCGGAGCAGUUGGAGCUGGAAAGUCGAGCUUCUUCAAUUCUAUCAGCUCUGUAUUCAGAGGUCACGUUACCAACCAGGCCAUGGCUGGAUGCUCCACCACCAGCCUCACCACACAGUUUCGCACCUACUCUUUGAAAGAUGGACGUCAAGGAAAGCCUCUGCCAAUCAUCUUGUGUGAUACCAUGGGGCUAGAGGAAAACACAGGGGCAGGGCUUAAUGUGGAUGACAUCUUCACCAUUCUCAAAGGCCAUCUGCCAGAUCGCUAUCAGUUCAACCCCACUGCUCCUCUCCAAAUGGACUCCCACGGGUAUCGUGAGUCUUCAAGGCUUGAGGACAAGAUCCACUGUGUGGCUUAUGUUGUUGAUGCUUGCAAAGUCUCCAUCAUGCCCUCAAAGCUGGAGGAAAAGAUGAAUGCAAUACGCAGAAAGAUCAACUUGAUUGGAGUUCCUCAGCUGGUGCUGCUCACCAAAGUAGAUGAGGCCUGUCCUUUGGUGGCAGAGGAUGUGACAAAAAUUUACCAGAGUAACUACAUCAAGCAGAUGAUGCAGGAGGCCAGCACUCGUCUCAGUCUGCCGUUGUCCUGUGUCAUCCCAGUGAAGAACUACAACGAGGAGUUAGAGGUGAACCUGAACUGUGACAUCCUGCUGCUCAGCGCUGUCAACCAGAUGCUUCGUAUCACUGAUGACUACUUUGAUGACAUCAGUGACCAACUCAGCAACGUGAAAACCAAGGAGUAGAAAUUUGAUGCUGUAGGUACACCAACACAGAUCCAGAGAUUAAAUCUGCUCCACAAUGAUCCAUACAUGCAGCCAUCCAUUUAUCAGCAUGAACAGACAUAAUUCAAAGCAGUGAUAGGAAUUUAUAACAUUAACGUAAUAACUGAUGUAUUUGACAAGCUGCACCUUUAUCGAUGACUGUAAUAGAUAACUUGGGAUUAGUGUGGUCGUUUGGUUUUUUUUUAAAUUCUGACCAGAAAUUUUCAGGCAGCACCACUCCUGGUGAACAGAAAACACAGUGAAGCAGUUUCAUUACAUGCACAGAUAUAACACCAGUCAUUUGGUACACAGUCCAAAGUUGAUGUGAGAAAAAAUGUCGACUGGCAUCAACAGAAGCAGGUUUUAAUUGUCAUUUAAAUUAAAUGUAAUUUUUCUAUUUAGUUUCAUUGUUUUCAUGAGGACAAUAACUGAGUUUUUCAGAUGUUAAAAAAGACUUUUCCAUGUUUGUUUUUGUUGUGGAGGUUUUCUUUUCAUUCAGUUUGUGCUUCCUGUGCUAAACUCAAACAAUAAAAGUUCUUACAAGUCCA